AUGUAUGUUAUACCACUACGUACGCCUACUGCUUGUGUUUAAUUUCUAUUUUUAAUGCUUAAUAAGACUUUAGUUAUACCACUACGUACGCCUACUGCUUGUGUUUAUUUUUUAUUUUUUAAAAUCAAUGCUACCACCAAAGGUUGUAUUAUUUUAGUCCUAGUUUCCAGCUAAUCAAAUCAAACACACCCUCAUUUCCCCUUGUCUCUUUGCAACACCCAGCGACUCCCUAAAGUAACCCCAAAGAUUCCUUGUUUGGCCUUUAUAGUUUUGGCCUCCCCCCCUGAUAUAGAAUAUAUUUUUCUUUCGUCCUUAAUUUUAGUUAAUUAGGAUCAUCCUUUCACUUUCAAGUGUUCAACUUUAUACUGUACAGAAAUUUGAAUAAAUGACAAUAAUUCAUGUGGUCCAGCCACAUUAUUGCCAGUGAAUUUCAAGGUCACUUUAUUAGUUUGCAUCCUCAUCAUCUAAGAUUUGUGAUUUUAAAUCUUUGCAAUUUUAUGACGACCAUGGAAGUUGAAAUUAUAUCCAGAGAAACCAUCAAACCUUUCACUUCAACUUCACCACACAAUAGAACAUACAACCUUUCUUUCCUCGAACAGGUUAAUCCUCGAACUUAUGUUCCAGUUGUUUACUUCUAUCCCAAGGAGGCCUCUGAGACACCUGAUUUCUUGACUGGUGGUGAUAAAUCCAACCAGCUCAAGAAAUCUCUAUCAGAAACGCUAGCGAAAUACUACCCUUUUGCCGGUAGGAUCAGAGAUAGAGUCUCCAUUGACUGCAAUGAUGAUGGAGUCACAUUUGUAGAAGCAAGAAUAAAAAACAUCGAGCUAUCUGAGAUUCUUGAGCACCCUAAAGAUGAGGUGCUGGACCUGUUAUUUACAGACAAUCUGCAGUGGAAUGACGAUUCGAAUAUCAACGUCCUCUUGGCUGUACAAGUAAGCUUCUUUGACUGUGGUGGGAUGGCAGUUGGCAUCUGCAUGUCGCAUAAGAUUGCUGAUACCUCCACCAUGAUCAACUUCAUUAACGACUGGGCAGCGGUGGCCCGUAAUAACAAAAAAUGUGAUCAAUAUGUACCAUCUCCUGAGUUCAUCUCAGCAACUGUCUUUCCCCGAUGUGAUCUGCCACUGUCGCCAGAAGCCAUGAUUGAGAAAAGCAAUUGUGUGACCAAAAGAUUUGUCUUUGAUGCAACAAAGAUCGCUGCCCUCAAAGCCAUAGUCACGGAAAAAUUGCAAAACCCCACAAGAGUUGAGGCUGUGACUGCUUUUAUACAUAGCCGUGCCAUUUCUGCAUUGAGAUCAACUUCCGGGUCGUCCUCAAACCCAACCACUUUCAUCCAGACAGUGAACCUCCGCGCUAGAAUGGUCCCGCCAUUGCCACAAAGCUCUGCAGGCAGCAUGAUUUGGUUCUUUACCGUGUCCACAGCUGAGGACAGUGUGGUUGAGUUGCAUGAUCUCGUGGGUCAAAUGAAGCAGAGAAAGACCAAGUUUUGUGACACGUAUGUCAGAAAGUUUCGUGCAAAAGAUCAAUGGCCUUCCAUCUUUAAAGAGUGUAUCCAAGAAUCAAGGAAACCAUUUUCUAAAGGGAAUUUGGUCAUAUAUAGAUGCAGCAGCUGGUGCAGAUUCCCAGUGUAUGAAGCUGACUUUGGUUGGGGAAAGCCAAUUUGGGUCACUAUUGCUAGCUGUGCCAUGAAGAAUGCUGUUUUCAUGAUUGAUACAAGGGAUGGCGAAGGGAUUGAAGCUUAUGUGAACUUGGAAAAGCAGGAAUUGGAUGUGUUUGAGCGUGAUGCAGAGCUUCUUGCUUUCGCUUCUUUGAAUCCGAGUGUCAUUUGAACUCCAUCCGAGCUUCAAAUCUUUGUGUGCGUGCACCGUGUGUUUGUUUUUAUAAAUGUUCUUGAAUGUAUUUUUCCACUCUAAUGAUGUCGAAAAAUAAAUAUGAGGCUUUGAAACAAGAUACCCUAAUAUAAAAAAGCAAGCUAUUUGAAAACAUUUCAAGUAUAGUUGUAUUUUCAU